UACUCCAAAUUAACUAAUAAAUUUUACGAAGGAUACAAAGCACAUCGAAUAACAGACAGCAUGUAUCAAGGAAAAUACGAGAAUAUAAUUCCAUGUCCAACUUUUUCUAGAGGAUUACCAAGUUAUAUAGGAUAUUCUGCAGACAUGUUGAGAACUAAUCAUAUGUAUUAUCCACAAAGCACUUGCUAUUGCAUAAAUCAACAGACAACACCAGUAGCAACUGUUGCGUCUAAACCAAAAUUCUGUAUAAGAAAAACACAAUUGCCAUGCGAACAAUUAUUUCCGGAAAAACGAAUGAAGCAAGUAACAACCAUUGUUGAGCAUCGCAAUAAAGAAAUACAAAACACAGUUUGCGUGCCGAAAGCAAAGAUAGAUAUCGUACAAAAAUGUCGUAAAGAAAUCCUAAGUAAGCCUUUAAUAUCUCAGGAAGUAUCAAAACAAGUAGCAGUAAAUACUGUGAAACAAUGUGAUAAGGAGAUUCAGAAUACCAUUUGUGCAAGUCCAAAUAAUCAAGUUUUUCAAAUAUGUUCUUCGACACAAAAGGUAAAGCAAAUCGAUGAAAAUACCAUGAAACGUCCUACAAACGAUAUGCGAAAUACGAUUGAUAUAAAAUUAAAGACCGUGGAAGGUUCUAUGCCGAAUUUUAUACUGAUAACUACCGAUGAAAAUUAUUUGCCACUGAUACAAAGUGAUUUGAAAGAAUUCACAACUAAUAAAUGUCAAGAUACUGGUGAUCAUGAUCAGAAAGAAGCGGAAAAAACUUAUUUUUCAUUAGAUAACAAGAAACUCGUUGAAAAUAAAGUUUGCACUAAAGAAACUUGCUCUUCUCUUCCAACUCACGAUACGGAUAUAAUGGAGAUUAUCAAACACAAUUCUGUAGUGACACAAGCUUUACUUCAAUGCUUAGAAAAAAUAAUGCAAGAAAAAACAAAAAUUUAUUCUGAUAUAUCGUAUUUAUCGAAGAUAGAUGUAAAUUCUAACUCUUCCGAGGUGACUGUUUGUGAACAAAUUCCAUGCACAUUUCCAAACCAGAAUAUACAUUCUGGCACUAUCUCUGCUGCUGAAGUUGAAAGCUUAAGUUGUUUGGAAAAAGCGGAGAAAGAUAACGCAUACAUAACAAUGUUUAUUGAAAUCCUUUUAGAGUUAAUGAAGCAUGACUUUGUAAUGAGUAGCAAGAAUGUACAAAAAGAUUGCGCACGAAAAGAAGACGCGAUCAAUACAUUUAUCAUUUUAAAUAAAAUAAAAGAAUGUGCAGAUGAAAUUUUAAAGAUAUACACGCUUACUCAAGAUACAAAGGAGGAUGUCAUAGAUCAAUUUAUAGCAAAUGCAAAUUCGAAAAACGUAGAAGUACUAUAUGAACCUUCUAUAUCGAAAAUUAGAGAUUAUAGUCUUUCAGAAAAUGAUACUACGUAUGCAGAAACGAUGAAUGAACCGUUUGUUAAGGAUAAAGAUGUUACUGCACGUACAGAAAACCAUGAUAUCGGUUUAAAUAUAUCAUUGCCGCUUCGUGAUUCGGAAACUCAGUAUACUCUGAAGCAAUUACAAGAUACAGGCAUUGCAACCGGUGGUAGUUUUGAAGAGAAGAUAAAUGUGGCCACUCAAAAUUGUGAACCUAUUUUGAUUCGUGUAAUCAAAUCUAAUAAUAGCGGAGGUGUUCUAAAAUUGGACAAGGAGACAUGCGUUCGCGAUGCCCAUGUUCUGUGGAACAUCAAUAAGUACUCGAAAAACAUGUAUCAGAAGUACUCAAUUAAAAAAUAUUAUGAUAAACUGUUGUACCCCGGCAUUUCUCAUAUACGUGAGAAAGAAAUGAAUUGUAUAGAUUAUCGUACGUCUUUGUUACAUACGGUACCAAAUUAUUCGAAUGGUAUUUAUAAGUACUACCAAGGAUACAGAAGUUCAUUGCCACAUAACUAUGAUUGGAUCAAAGCAAAUAGUGGAAUAUCAUCGACUCAACGUGUUUCCAGAAUCCCAUUAUAUGCGAGAUCACACAAGUAUACACAGAGAAGAACUGAUUUGUAUAGAAUGUCACGAUCGUACGUAUAA